UCGUGGUAUGUCUGUAACAUCAAAUUCUACUGUUUCAUACUUCUACGUGCCUCAGAAACAUGAACAUGUCAAAAACUUAUUUGGGGAAGAUAUUUCGGCGAACAGAAAUUCCGACGCCACGAACGUUACUUCUAACUGAUUCAGCUAAAGUUUGUGGCAGAGGAUUAUUGUAUGCACUCGUCAACUCCCAUCUGGGCUCCUCCACUGACGUCCUCUACCUCACCACCUGUCUCUCACCACAAGAAAUAAGACGCUUUGUCAAGGAAGAGGCGUCGGGUAAACUAGAGUUCUACAAUGGUGCCAAAGAUCCAUGUGGGUGGGACAGUGAUGCUCCAGAGGUGUCACUUCAGCUACCACUACAGGAGAUCCUCAGACACAAGACUACCGCCGCUGGAGGAGGAAAAGUAGCCAUAGUUGUUGACAGACUCGAGGACGUCAACUAUCACCAAGAGUCUUCACAGUUGGUUAGGAGUCUUCAUAUGCUGUCAGCAGGUGAUAAUGUGGAACAAGUCAUUGUAUACUGUGGCCGGGAUGUUGUUCCUGAGAGCAUGUUGGCUGCUCUCUGCCAUAUUGCUGCUGCCACCGUCCACUUGCUGCCAACAAGUCCGUGUAGCUGUCGGUUGGUACUGAGGAAGCCUUCUGGCAAAGUGAUAAAAGCUCACGAAGAGUUUACACUCACACCAGACUUACAAGUGCAAGACGUACAACCUGCAAAAUCUAUCAGGACCCAACAUGUAAGUGAAAGCUCAGAAACAGACGUGAUCUUAGCUGCACAGACAACCUUUAGUCUCGCUCUCACCGAGGAUCAACGGAUAGCGAAGAACAGUCUGCUGCUUCCACACACAAGGGUUCAGACACAAGGAGGACAUAUCCACUAUACACCAGAUGAUGUGGAUGACUGGGAUGAUGACGACCCUGAUGAUGACCUCGACAUAUAGCUUUGCCUUUAACCACUACAGGAUGGAUGCCAAUUUUAAUUAGAUGAUUUUUACUUAGCCCAGAGAGAGAGAGAGAGACCCCAUUUAUAAAGAGUUAAAGGUUAAAGACAGUAGUUUCCUACACUUAACCUACUCAUAAACAAGAAUAUCCAUUUAUACUGUACUAGAUGGAGAACUCAGCCACAUGUACAGAGAUGCAGAGCAAAUAUGGUGUUUAUAAACCCUUAAGAUAUAUAACAAAUAUGGUACUAUAGGUCAGGUAAAAAUAGAAGAUGGAUGUUCUUUGAUGACCUACAAAAGGAAGACGAAAGAUGUGGUAGUUUUUUUAUAUAUUAAGAUGAAUGUGACUACGGAUGAUUAAUAUUAUCAGUAAAUAUAAUACAAAGACAUACACCAAGUGGUAUUUAAUCCUUACUAUUAGGAAAUAUGUGUGUGUAUAUUUACUGAUGUUUGGGUGUAAAUAUAGGUACUGUAUUGGAUCUACAGUAUGUUCUUGAAGUGACCGUGAAACUCAACAAUCUGUGAGUACCACCAUAAUAAAUACAAUAUACCAAUAUGUGCUAUAUAUUUACACUAUAAUUAAAAAGUAACUUCUA